CCUCGAACUUUCAAGCCAGAUCCCGCAGUUGCUCGUCCGCACCCAACCGCGAAUCGAACGAUGAGGGUCUUAGCCAUCGAUGUUGGGAUGAAGUACAAUCAGAUUCGAUGCUUCACUAAACGUGGCAUAGAGGUCAAAGUUGUCCCGUGGGACUAUGAUUUUUUAUCGCCAUCAGAAGUUUAUGAUGGUCUGUUCAUCUCGAACGGACCUGGAGAUCCUACAAUGGUAAAGGUUACCAUUGAACGCUUACGUCGUGCGCUCGAGCGUGAUACCCCUAUUUUUGGUAUCUGCCUUGGGCAUCAGCUCUUGGCGUUGGCAGCUGGAGCAAAGACAUCAAAGAUGAAGUACGGAAACCGUGGCCAUAACAUUCCUUGCACAGAUUCUUUCGAUAGCCGGUGCUAUAUCACCAGUCAAAAUCAUGGUUUCCAAGUAGAGGUCGACAGUCUUCCCUCCAAUUGGAAGGAGUUGUUCCGGAACGCCAACGAUGGUAGUAAUGAAGGAAUCUACUGUGUCGAUAAACCAUUCUUCUCGGUUCAAUUCCAUCCAGAGUCAACACCUGGUCCGAGGGACACAGAAUUCCUCUUUGACACUUUCUUAAGCAACGUCGAAGAUACCAUCAAGAACAAUCAGGCUCGCCCCAUCUCUCUGGGCAACCCUGAUCGCCCAGUCGGAUCUACUCGUGUCAAUGUAACCAAAGUAUUGGUACUUGGUUCUGGAGGUCUGUCCAUAGGCCAAGCCGGCGAGUUCGAUUACUCUGGCUCUCAAGCUCUGAAAGCUCUGAAAGAGGAAGGCAUCUUUACCAUUCUGAUAAAUCCCAACAUUGCAACUAUUGCCACGUCCAAAGGUCUCGCAGAUAAGGUUUACUUCCUUCCGGUGACUGCCGAAUUCGUUCGCAAAGUCAUUCAGUACGAAAAGCCCGAUGGGAUCUAUGUGACGUUUGGUGGUCAAACUGCCCUUAAUGUCGGCAUUAAACUUAGAGAUGAGUUCGAAGGUCUCGGGGUAAAGGUACUAGGAACGCCAAUUCGUACUUUGAUCGAAACAGAAGACCGCCAACGCUUUGCCGACGCCAUGCUUCAGAUUGGAGAAAAGUGUGCUGAAUCUGCCACUGCAACAACACCGGACGACGCCGUAAUCGCAGCCAACAAGAUUGGGUUCCCUGUUAUCGUGCGGGCGGCUUAUGCAUUGGGUGGCCUAGGAUCCGGGUUUGCACAAAACGAGGCAGAGCUGCGUGAGCUUUGUGGGAAGGCUUUCGCAACAAGUCCACAAGUACUCGUCGAGCGGAGUAUGAAAGGAUGGAAGGAGAUUGAGUACGAAGUUGUACGGGAUUGCAGAGAUAAUUGCAUCGUUGUGUGCAAUAUGGAG